GAGUCCAGUCACGAGAUUAAAAAUUUCUGGGUAUCGCUAUGAAAUGUGCGUCAAGAAGUCGGAAAUUUCGACGCAAACAAAUGCAGUACUGACGUGCCCAGUGAAUUCUCUAGUUACUGUUACGGAAUACACGGUGAGAACAGAGGAUGGAUCUGAGCGGAAAGGACGCAUCUGUCCACGGAGAUAUAUGGGCCGUUGGGAGCUUACAGAAAGACUUUGGGAGGAUGGAAAUGACACAUUGAAAAAGUGUAAUAAGUUUCAAAACGUAUGUCAUCUCUCACAGACAUCGUUCUACAAACAAGCUGAAUACUAUUUCAAUAAGUGCACAAGCCAGAAUUGGAAGCUUUGUCUCAAUUAUGGAUGUUCAACAGAUGAAAAUCUCCUGGAUAUGUGUUCUGAUAAAGCAUCCAUUACAACAUCGACUUCUAUUCAGUUUUACCGGACUCGGAGUAAUUCUUUGUGUCGAUGUUUCCUGUUUGGAGAUAUUACAUCGAUUACAAUCAAAAUCUACGAAAAUAUGAUUACAAGGAUCAGACAUAUCAACGGCUCUCUUAUAAAAGUGUAUCAAAGUCCCAGAUUACCAUACCGCCCGUAUAGGAGGGAUUACAUUUAUGAUGGGAUUUUCAGCAAUGGAAAAUUCAUUGCAUAUUUUAACGACUCGGAGUACAAUUCAAAGGCUCUUGAGAUAGAAACAACGCCAAUGUCUAAAUUCAAUUCCUUCUUUUGGUUUGAAGCAAGAGGCGCUGUAAAUUAUGAUUGCAAAGACAUCACUCGGAUUUAUAUUUCAAAGAAAUUAAAAUUUAAAGAGGAUACAUUGAAAGGUGACGAUAAAACAGAUACUAUUUUGUUGUAUUUUAUUGGCCCCAGUGUGCUGGUUUCUGUGGUGGCUACUUUUGCUGUAGGUGUCCUCCUCUGCUUUGCUUGGAAAUCUCUUAAAAGAAAAAUACAAAGUUUCCAGAGAUCAGAAGCAAAACCCUCUUCUUGCCAGCGUCAAUACACCAAUCUAGAAAAUGGAAGAAGGAUUCCGUCAGAUGCUUUGUAUGAAGAGACACUGUACUGAAAGUGUUGACGUAAGCCACGAAAGGACUGUGUGGUUGUACCUUGUGCAAGUGUUAUACAAGUUUCAAUGAAUUAUAUUAUCCAAAAGGAUGCAGACUGAAAAAUCAGUCUUAUGCAGGAAAGUUAUUUACGUGUAUAUAUCAAACAGUGCUGAUUCUUAGCAAUUAUGAUAUUUUGGACGUUCAAUGAUUUUUAU